UACUCCAUCUCUCCAACUAACUAGCACUUCACAAUCUCCUCGUCUGUCACCAAGCACAAGCAAUAUCCCUCCCAGGAAAGCAGCUCAUUACAAGUUCCGAAUCAAGCUACAAUCAAAUCAAACCAAUGGCGAUGGCAGCAUCCGCAUCCGUAACCGCCGUUUCCUUCUCCGCCCGCGGCCCGUCGACGACGGCGGCCAUGACUGUCCGCCCUCGCGCGGCUGUCUCCGUCCGCGCCUCCGCCUCGGCCACGGCGGGAGGCGCCAGCAGGGUCCGCGCGAGGGGAGCGGCGGCGCAGCAGGGAGGCGCAGGCAAGUGGUGGGCGCCGCUGGUCGGGUGGUCCGGCCGGGCCGACUACAUCGAGACGGCGGCGGCGGCGGUGGAGGAGGAGGAGGAGGAGGCGAGGAUCAGGUCGUCGUCUUUCGUGGGCGGGCUUACGGAGGCGAAGGCGCGGCAGCUUCGGGCGCGGAUGGUGGAGACGGAGAGCUUCCACGACGCCAUGUACCACUCCGCCAUCGCCUCCCGCCUCGCCCGCUCCACCUAAACCAUGGGGAACGAACCAAAGUACCAAACGAACUCGCCGAAACAUCAGACAAGCUCCUCUGCCACCGCCACUGCGCCCGUAUGGCCGCCGUAUAUAUGUGCAUAUAUAGCUGCCGCUAGCUGCGUCCCUGCGUGUACAUAGCUGUAGAUUCCCUCUCCUUCUCGUCGCCGUUGCUGUUGUAAAUUUGUAUAGUCGUCGUUGGCUCGUUACUGUGUAUAGUCGUCGUCGUGGCGUCGUUGUUGUAUAUACGUAUAGUGAUCAUGGAGGAGAGGUUGGGGAUGAAGAGGGGAGGGGAACUGGGGUUUUACGGUUGUUCCCCUUCCUCGAUUUCUCCUGCGUCUCCCACCAAGAAGUGCCCCGAUCUGCUCUUUUCGAUCGGUGAUCUGUAAAUAUAAACAAGCGCAGAUGUUUCGCACAAUAAUAACGUUGCUUUGCAACAAUUUUGUUUUUA